AUGACCUCGAGGCGCCACAGGAUCGACUUUUCUCUGCGAAGACGACGCAACAACCCGUCGCUCACAUCUUCAGGAAGUGCCUCGCCCACCGUCCCUGUCCUUCAGUCACCUGUGACGUUUCAAGCAUUUGCGUCAGUGAAUGUCUCCGAGACAACCCUCAAGCAGAAAAAUAAAUUGGAAAGGGCUCCUGUGAGGCCGUCCAUGUUUCUCGAGGAGAAGGAUGAUGAUGAAACGUCCACGCCUGCGCUGGCUGGAGGUGCUCCUGUGGAUAUCAGACCAGCCCACGUCGAGCGGAAGAGUGUCGAGGAAAAGCCAAUGACUCAGACUAGAAGCCAAUACUUCGAAGACGCAUUUAGCACCCGGGGUCCGUUAACGUCGCCGAGAUCUCAAAUAAGCCAAGACUCCGUUGUGGUGGUAGAGAUCAAGAUCAACACCAAGGUCAAAGAGUUGGAGUCGCUUGUCUCAAACAUCUCGUCCCAUAUGGCACGCAUUUUCCAGAAAUCUGAGACUUUUAUGAUGACCACCAUCCAGGAAGAGGCAUGCAUUCAUUUUGGAAAAUCAAGUCUGCCAGCAUACUUGAUGAAGGUCUUCGCACUGCCGUAUCUCAUCGCGCCAAUAACCAAUCUCCGCAGUACCAUUUUGAUCCAGGCAGCUCUUCAAGAGAUCAUCCAUGUGGCACCGAACCGAGGAGUCAUCUUAUACAUACCAAUCUCCGAGGAAAACUUUGCGACCAAUGGGGUGACAAUGAUGGGCGAACUCGCACGUUUGGAGCGCUCUUCUCCAGAUCACGGUCCUGGGUUAUUUAGGAGCAUCUCACGAACCAUGAGUAGAAGACUGAAAUCCAGUAGCUCCCAGAGCGCACCUAUCUCUGUUACAACAACCUCAUCAUGGGCCUGCGGUGGCGGUGGUACGCAGGCAUCCUCAGUGACAGGAAAGGAUUCACAAUGUAGCGAAGCUCUGAGGAACGAGGGCAAGCCAAAGUCGGGCACGAAACCAAAGGGCUUUCGGCACUUUUUGUCACGGCAAGGCUCAGGACGACUCCAACAGCCCGGGGACAAUCAGUAAUCUGUGCUUUUGAUGU